ACCCUCUUUGCCUUCCAUACACGCUCCGCCUCUGAGCAGCUCAGUGGAGGAAGCUGCUGCUGCUGCAGCUCACAGCAGAGCUGGACUAGCCUGGCCUGGUCUAGCCUGCCUCUUGUUUUGCAGGCUAGCUCGCACGGAUUAAACACAAACACGCAAUGGCGGGUGUGCACCCGCAGGACGACCUGCUGAAGAUGACACACAGAGACAACUGGAAGGUGCAGCACGAGCGUCUGCAUGUGAAGCACAGGGGUCACGAGGCCAUGCAUGCAGAGAUGGUGCUGAUCCUCAUCGCCACGCUGGUGGUGGCCCAGAUAGUCCUGGUGCAGUGGAAGCAGCGGCACCACCGCUCUUACAAUCUGGUGACGCUUGUCCAGAUGUGGGUGGUCCCUCUUUACUUCACCAUCAAGCUCUAUUGGUGGAGGUUUCUGUCCAUGUGGGGCAUGUUCUCCGUCGUCACCAGCUACGUCAUCUUCAGAGCCACUCGCAAGCCGCUGUCCUGCAGGACGCCGAGGAUGGUGUAUAAGUGGUUCCUGCUGAUCUACAAGCUGAGCUACGCAGUGGGCGUCCUCGGCUACCUGGCCAUCAUGUUCACCAUGUUCGGCUUCAACGUCUUCUUCAGGAUCAAAGCGGAGGACUCCAUGGACGUAGGUGUGAUCAUGCUGUUUUACGGCCUUUACUACGGCGUCAUGGGCAGAGACUUUGCUGAAAUCUGCUCUGACUACAUGGCUUCUACGAUCGGGUACUACAACAAGGGAGGCAUGCCCAGCAGGAGCCUGACCAACGACAUCUGCGCGGUGUGCGGUCAGAGGAUCCUGGUGGACGUGGAGGAGGAAGGAUUUAUAGAAGACACCUACCAGCUCUCCUGUGGACACAUUUUCCACGAGUUCUGCAUCCGCGGCUGGUGCAUCGUGGGUAAGAAGCAGACGUGUCCGUACUGCAACGAGAAGGUUGACUUGAAGAGGAUGAUGAACAACCCCUGGGAGAAGACGCACGUCUUGUACGGGCAGCUGCUCGAUUGGCUCAGAUACCUGGUUGCCUGGCAACCCAUCAUCAUCGGUAUCGUCCACGGGAUUAACUUCUCCCUAGGCCUCGAGUAGAGCCCUGAGGAACACCGCCGCGAGUACGUCCUGGAGUCGUGGGGGAAAAAGUGCUGAAACCCGCAAACUGUCAAAGUCGGCGCUACAAGGACCUGAUUCAGGCUGCUUCUUUGUUUCCUCAGCACAUGUUGGACUGAACGCUUGCACAGUUUCCUGCAGACUGAUCCCAGGUGGUCUGGGUCUCUGUGUGUGCGGAGGAGGACGCCGUGAUGCCAAAACUGCUGGCGACUUACAUUCAAGCACAGAUCCAGUAUUUGAUCGUUUCGACACGAGAAAGAUACGUCGAGUUUGGAACUUGGAAAUGGAAACGCCAUGCAUGUUGUUUUUAUUGUGAUAAAUCAUUGCUUUACUUGGUACUGUAUCAUCAAAAUGCCUUUUUAAACAGUUUUCAUAGUUUGUUUGCUCACUGUUGGUUCUGCUGGAACCACUAAUGUCUGCCAUACACUCGGAGACUUUGAAAAGACUCAAGUCUGACACCGUCUCACAUCUAAAGACGAUGUGUCUCAAGUCCACAGACUUUAAUAUUUUGCAAAGCCUGGGGAUCUUGCAGGGUCACUAGUUACAAGACUAGAUUCCUUUAGAGAUGAUGUCACAUCCUGCUCCUGGUGGAAAUUUGUAAGAAAACCUGUUGAGGAAGAAGUGGACAGAAAUUGCUGCAGCCCUUAAAUCCCCGGUGAGUAUAGCUAUAGCUAGCUGGCCAGCUAACCGCUGUCCCAAAUCAUGGCUGUAUUAGGAGAACUGGAUACAGGGAUACAGUGGCGCAUGAUGCCAACAUGGCUCGAUUUACGACCGGAAAAGUACCCGAAUCUUCCGGCGAUCUUCUGCAUCCAUUGGGCCCGUGGAGCAGGCGCAGUAGCGUCCGCCCGGUCACGUGGUCACAGCCGUCACGGCUUACUAACUCCGCCUCCCAGCCCUCGUCCUGGGUCUCAUUCACAUGAACGGAGGAAGGAAAAUAACUCUGGAUUCGGCGGUGUCGUUCCCAAUGUAAGUCUAUGGGAAAAAGUAUUUUUGGGCCCAAAAAGUUGUAGUACCGCCGUUUGGCCACUACGGAAAUUGGCAUCAACGACUGGCGCUCUUCCUGGGGGGGCUUGUCCCGAAUGGGGCUAUUUGCAAGCUAGCAUUAGCUACUGGAAUGUUUGCGAUCAACCUACGAGCUAACUGUGUGUUUCAGCUCGUAGGCCAAUAGCAAACAUUCCAGUUGUUUGGUGCUGGAGAGAGCGCGUCCUAUUGGUUGUUGACAACGUUCGCGUCAUUGAACUUAGGAUAAUAUUAAACUUGAGAAAAAGACUGACUUGAGACAGCUUGGACUGAGUUUUAUGACCACCUCACACUAAAUGAUCGAGAUCACGGGGAGCGCGCCGCAACCAAGCCCCCCCAGGAGGAGCGCCCGUCGUUGAUGCCAAUUUUCUUAGUGGCCAAACGGCGGUACUACAACUUCUGUGUCCGUCACGUGACGCCAUUGGACCCAAAAAGACUUUCCCCCAUAGACUUACAUUGGGAAAGAGACGUCUGUAACUCAGAGGAUCAUUUAUUUUUGAGGUAAAUCAGCACUUGAAUAGUCCUUAUUUAAAUCAUCAGGUCCUAAAUGUUGGAAAUUGCUCUAAUAGCCGAAUCCCCGUUACCGAGCGGACGCUACUGCGCCUGCUCCAUGGGCCCAACGGAUGCAGAAGAUCCGGGUACUUUUGCACUCGAAAGUCCAGUCAUUUUAGCUUCAUGCACCACUGAGCAGCUUUCAUAGGAAUGAACGGGGCCCGGGAUCCAGUUCUCUUUAUACAUCCAUGGAUGCAACUCUAGCAAAACUCUCGUGAUUUUAUUCCGACGUUGGAAACAUGUCUGCGACAGAGAAAUCACCAAAACACGACUUUUUAAGACUUGAUCUGCGGAUCGAAUUAAUUGCAAAAGUUCAAGUCUGAUUAGUUGUGUUACACAACCUGUUUACAUUUCAUGUAACUCGUGUUUUAGUUUGUAUGAAGCUAAAGUUGAUGCUAACUUAUUGUAGCACUUGCCAGAAUGUCAAUAAUGUUUCUGAACGAGACUCGUUAUCACUCAGACUUCCCAUCGGGAACUGAUUUAAGUAUCAGGUUUUCAAAAAGAAAGCUUUCUUUUGCCAAAUCGAAUCAACAUCGCUUUUGUUAUGCUGCUGAUAUUAACUUUGUAUUUAUUAAAUAUUUAUAAAACCUCA